GAUUUAUCGAUGGAAGUAGCAAUUUAUUAAUACAAUAACACAAUCGUGACUUCUGUUCCUUCCUACCUUUUCGAUCAAUCUCAGGUUUUAUUUCAUAUAUACAUACACAAAUCUUACUGAUACUUGCCACCCAGCCUAGUCUAAUCGAUACCGGCAACGCAGUUUUUGACGUCGCACGUCUAUCUGCUCCACGCUUACAUUAGCAUCUGAAACUUUGUAACUUGUUUGAAAAUCCCCGUUUGAGGAUCCAUCCAACAGCAUGACGACAGAAAACGAAAAGGACAUGGCCCAUCAUCCCACUUUCCGUGAGGAAGUGGACAUCGGUUUUGCGGGGGAAUCUGCCGAGUACGCCCAGGCGCCACGACUCACUCAGACCGCCAAUCUGAAGGACAUGAAUCCACUUGAUAUUACAGCCUCCACUGAAAAAGGUGAAGUGGAUGGCAGGCAGCAGCAGCAACCAGAGCAAGGGCAAUCAGGUGUUUUGACUGGCGCCAGACUCUACCUGGUUUUCGUUGCUUUGAUGCUCUGUGUUUUCAUGUUUGCGCUGGAUCAAUCCAUCGUAUCCACCGCUAUACCUGUUAUUGUGUCCGACUUUAACGCCUUCGACCAGGUGGCUUGGAUCAUUACUGGAUAUUUCUUGACCCAGUGUGGUCUUAUUCUUCUCGUCGGACAAGUGCUUACGAUCCUCAAGGCGAAAUGGAUGCUACUUGGUGCAAUUUUCUUCUUUGAACUCGGCAGUCUUAUUUGCGGUGUGGCCAAAGAUAUGGACACACUGAUAGGCGGGCGUGCUAUCCAAGGUAUCGGCGCUUCCGGAAUGUUUGUGUCUAUUCUUGCCGUCAUCGCCGUUGUCACUCGAGUCGAUCAACGAGCGGCCUUUAUGGCUUCUUUUGGUUUUGUCUUUGUCGUAUCGUCUGUAGUCGGUCCUUUGCUAGGAGGCGCAUUCACAGACCACGUCAGCUGGAGAUGGUGUUUCUACAUCAAUCUUCCCUUCGGGGGCUUCGCUGCUGCCGCUGUCGUAUUCCUUCUGCCUGCCCGAGAUCCAGAACAUGCCGACACUGCUCCUCCCGAUCGCACAGUCCUCGGCAAGCUCAGACGCUUGGACUGGAUCGGGACGGGUCUCAUCUUUUGUGCGAUCACAUGUCUUUUGCUUGCUCUUGCAUGGGGUGGAAACCAAUACGCGUGGAACAACUGGAGAAUUCCUUUCCUUUUCACUUUGGGUGGCUUGCUCGUUAUUGCAUUCGGCGUGUGGCAGUGGCGGUACGACAAGUAUGCGCUCAUUCCACUUUCUCUCCUCAAGAACCGAACCGUCCUCGCAUGCUCUGGCGCCAUAUUCUUCUUCAUGCUUGCAAUGUUGGGAGGCACCUACCAGCUUCCGUUGUUUUAUCAAGCUGGUCGAGGACACUCUCCCGAGAAGUCCGGCGUUGAUAUCAUCGCUUUCAUGCUUGCUACCUGCGUUGCUAUCUUGAUAUCCGGAGGACUGACUACCAAGUUCGGCCGCUAUUAUCCAUUCCUACUUAUUGGUCCGCCUUUUGCUGCCGUUGGAUUUGGGCUCCUGUACACUAUUGACGUCAACACCCCUAACGCGAAAAUCAUUGGCUACCAAAUCCUGGCCGGGUUUGGCAUUGGCUUGAGCUUCCAAAAUGUCUUAGUUGCUGUUCAAGCAGAAUAUCACGACCGUCCAUCCCUUCUCCCUCAAGCCACAGGUGUCGUGUCAUUCUUCCAACUGACAGGUGCCGCGCUGGGAGUUGGUAUUAUCAACACUGUACAAUCAGUUUACCUCAAUACUGAAAUCAAACGUCUGGCCCCUGAGGUUGACUUCAAUUUGGUCCGACAGUCGGUCUCCGCCAUUUAUACAUUACCCGCUGAUCAACAAUCCGCUGUGAUCGAGGCAUACGUUAUCAGCAUUACCAACUCGCUAAUCCCGAUCAUCGUCGCAGUAGGACUAGCGAUGGUCUUUGGCGCUUUCAUUCGAAACCACAACCUGCUCAAGAAAGGCGGCGCUGGGAGUGCGCAUAUGGCGUAAUUCAUUAUUGCCGUCCGAACAAGUAUGCGCUAUGCAUUGAGAGGUUAAUACAGUCUUAGACUGUAAUUUGGUACGAUCGGCAACAUAGCACUUUGGGGCUGAAGAGACUCCCAGAUUUCAGGAUGUAACUAGAUUGCUAGAUUCCCCACGUCCAUUUA